GUUCUUUCUUUCAGACUUCUUUCAACUUGGCAUUGAAUGCGUUAACAAAAGAGAAGAAUGCGGAAAUAGUCAAACUGAGAAGGGAAGUGAAAAUGUUACAAGUGAAAUUGAAGCUGCUGGAAAAGUCUGAGUCAGAAUCAUCAACUGGGGAAGCUUCUCUGGAACAAAGCUUGCGCACAUUAGGUGCUCCAAUGGACAGAUCAGUAACGAGUGAAAUGGAUGCAGCUGGUGAGGUUGAUUCUAAACAACGAAACAAGUGGAAAGAGUUGGCUUCGGAGUCAAUAACUGUGAACCGAAUUCACCACUCUCAGAGUAUGUCUGUUGUCAUCAGUCAACCGAAACCACUGACAGAUUCAGUUGGGACAGCCUUAGUUCAUUGUGACGUGACCAAAAGUGUGAACGUAUCAUCCUGCGGGGACAACAGCAAAUCGACGCUUUUGUCAACUAAUUUGAGUCCUCCUGGAACAUCACCACCGAUGCAGCAACCUCAGAGCUUAGUCCUUCCUAUUCAGAUUAAAAUAGCCCUGAACGAUUUCCGAGCGAACGACUUGGUGUUGAUCGAAUUCGACAGCCCUAGUGGACACUACAGACUGUUCAGUGUCACAAACACGCCCUAUUUUUUGCACGAGGAGUGCUACGAGAGACUGGGAGUGAACACUCAAUCUAGCCCCGAAAGCAAGAAAAGGGAUAUAGCCGUGUUUGUGAGCAAGGAGCACUGCAAAGUUAGAAAGCCAAAUAACCGAUUUAACUUGCAAGUGGGACAAAGAUUCUACAGGGUGAAGGUCGACUGCUGGACAAAAUCGGUGCCGGGCAGCUAACACGAAGCCUAAUUGUUCCGGCCAGUGGAUACAAUGUAGUGAAACUAGUCUAUCCAAUUGUCCUCUGCACAUAUCAGCUACCAUCUUUCUUGCAAUUGCAACUGAAAACCUAUCUUUAGAUCUGCUUUUUGCAAUUCAACUGAUAACGAGCCAUAUUUGUUACGAAAAUUGUUCAGUUUGGGAUGUAAAUUUUCCAUGAGCAGCGUUAGACUUUGACAAUAUAAGUUUUUCCCAUUAGCUGUCGCUUUCCUAUUAGUUCUGGAAAUCCUAUAUAAUUGAUCUGCAGAUAUAUUCAACUUCAGUUCGACGAUGAGCUCAAAACAAUUAUUUAUUAUAUUACGAACAUGAUCUGUAGCACACGAGUUAUUUUACCGCAAAUUUUUGGUUGGAGUCGUCUGCUUUGCGUAGAUUUGUUGUAAUUAUCAAUUGUUCGGAAACAUUUCGGAGUGAAGUGUAUUGUCGGUGCUUAAAUUUUUUUUUUGAAAAUACCUUCAUCAACGAUAAUUUUCGAGAUUUUUAUCAUAGUUAUGUGUAAGUAGGUGUAGUUGUUAGUAUUUAUAACAAUCGAAUACCACAUUUAUUUUAAACAAAAAAUAAACAUUUCAUAUGCG